GUCAGUAGUCGUAGCACAGUCUCGCUCGGUUCGCUCUACAAGGCUGCAUCUCACUCAGUCUAUUAGCUCUCUGCUUUGCUUCGCACCACUCGUCCUGUAACAAACUUAAAGAAAUGCCCUUCAAACUUCGGUGACUAACGUUUGCAAUAUAUCCUUUAUAAUUUGAUGAAUUUGCGGGGAACAUUUCCCAUGGGUCUUAUGUAAUAAACUUGUUGAGUGGAAAGACUGGGACGUAAAGCCACUCGCACGGUGUUGAGACGGGCAGAGUGGUGACGGUCAACAAUGGAGACGGCGUUGAGGAGGUCACGACUCUGCGACCUCCUCCCCCCCUCCCCAUUGAGGUUAGGCCAGACUGGAGCUCUCACUCUUCUCUGGCUCCUACUUGUUGCCGAGUGCCUGUGCUGGGAGGACGCGUUUGGACGCCAGCACACCCAUGUCAACAGACCCCACUUCGAGCCUCGCCGAUUCCACCCACGCAACUCCUUCUCCUUAGCUUCCUCCCGCAGCUACGCGUCUGCCAUCGACGAUGAAAUCCUGGAGGGUCGCAAGGUCUACAAGAAUCCCAGGAAUGCGCCCUCCGUCACCUGCCCGAGGGACGAGUCCGCCAUUGAAAGAGCGGGGCGCGAGUGUUUACGAAGGUGUAACGGAGAUGGAGACUGUCUGAGCCGGAGGAAGAUCUGUAUGUGUGACGGCAUCUGCGGCCUUUCUUGUGUCAACCCAGAAAAGGAGUGUGGUGACCUGGAGAAUCCGCUCUUCGGCUUCGUAGAGUUUACGGGGCGGCGCGUCGGUUCCUUAGCUACCUACAAGUGCCAGCAGGGGUACCACCUGCUGGGGGAGGAGCGGCGUGUCUGUCAGGGCAACGGAGAGUGGUCGGCAACUGCACCUGAGUGUCGGGAAAACUUGUACUGCACGAACCCGCCCGCCAUCCCCAACGCUCGCCACGACGGCAUCGAGUCCAGGACGAGGUUUGAGGUGAACCACACCCUGAAGUACGCGUGCGAGGAAGGCUUCUCGACAGUUGGCUUUGACGUGGCGAAGUGCUUCUUGUACAACAACACGAUGCAGUGGUUCGGCCCGGAGAUUGUGUGUCAGCCCAAGGAGUGCGGCGACCCCGGCGAGAUCCUGAAUGGCUUCAAGGAGGAGAGCUGCUACCACUACGACUGCCGCGUCACCUACCACUGCCGCCCUGGCUUCGAGAUGGAGGGUCGCAACGUGUACCGCUGCCAUCAGGACGGAACUUGGAGCCCGCGGGAGCUUCCUAACUGUAAACCCAUCAAGUGUGAGGUUCCGGUGAAUCCUCCUCAUGGCAAGGCAAGUUACAGCUCGUUUUUCUACAACGCCGUGGUCACCUACACCUGCGACUACUCGUACAUGAUCGUGGGGCCGGAGACGCGCCGCUGCGGACCCAACAGGCAGUGGAGCGGCAGCAUGCCCAAGUGUAAAGAGAUCGAUUGCGGGCCUCCUGGAGUGCUGCAUAACGGGAGGCUGGAGGGAACAUUCUCUUCCUAUAAUUACGGAACGGAAAUCAGAUUUUACUGCAACGAGAAUAUGAAAUACGAAGGUUACCAUGACCGCCGCACCGUCUGCCAGAAGAACGGUACCUGGUCCAACCCGCUGCCCAAGUGUCUAGCGCCGUGCGUUGUGCCUACCAUUGAGAACGGCCGCCUCACCAACGAGUCUCAGGCGGGCACGAUGGUGCCUCACGGGAGCAUCAUCCGAGUGGUGUGCAACAAGACCUACGAGCCAUCCGUCACCAGCGUGCCCUCCGCCUGCUACAACGGCACCUGGACACACUACCCGCACUGCGAACCAGCGAGGUGCAAGAAGCUUCCUCGGCGGCCUCGCAAUGGCAUGGUGAUCGCGCCGCGCACAGCCCAUGGAAUGUUCGCUCGCUUCCGCUGCAAGGACGGCUUCCAGCUGAUGGGGCCCGCCACCACCAAGUGCCACUUUGGGAACUGGACGGGUCGCAUCCCCUGGUGCAAGAUAGUAUACUGCUCGUUCCCUGGUUACCUGCCUGACGGACGCGUUCUCCUGGUGGGCAACAUGGGCAUGUACAUCUACCGCCCCUACGUCAAGAAGGUGCGCAACGACCGACGCAUCAGAUUUGAGUGCAACAAAGGCCACUUCUUGUCGUCCGGCCCGCCUGGUGCCACUUGUAUUGGCGGGAAGUGGCGCCCCAGUACCCUGCCAAGGUGUUCCCCAAAACUGCACCCACGAGUGAGGUGGACGAGAUCCGUCAAUGCUUCAGACUUCCACGAACGCUUCAACAUGAGUAGCGAGAGUGAGAUGGAGCAAGAAACAGAGGAGGAGGUGCAGGGCUUGGGAACAGCUCUUAAAAUGGCCGAGGAGGAGGAGGAGGAGGAGGGUGGGAGCGGAGACAAGACGAACACAGUUGCCGGCUUCUCAUUCUCCGUUGAGCCGAGUGCCUUGACACAGCCGGCUCAUUACGACGACGCUCUUCUGAGAUCUUCUAACGACCCAACAAUUUCCUCCACAAAGACUCCGCUGUCCUCUCCAGCGAGUAGUCACUUGUCGGAAUUAUACUUUCGCGCCAAAGAAUAUUCCGAGAGUAAGAGGCACUUCGAGACGUGGGCUAAAUUCAUCCAAGAGGAGCAUGACGGUGUGGAAGUGAGUAAAAUACUCAUAAGGGAAGAGGAAGUGGGAGGAGGCAGGAAGGCAGCGCGCCAGUCGUCCAGGAUAUCAAGAAGUCCCAAGAGGCAGAAUGAAGGUGAUGAAAAGAGGAAAGGCAAGAACAAGAAUAAGAAACGAAGGAAAGGGAAGAGAGCGCCGCACUGCGAGGAGCUUGGCGACGAGCCCUACCUUCGCCUGGAGGUGCUGCGGGCUGGGAGGGACAAGAACUACACCUUCUCAGCAGGGGCGCGCGUCAAAGUCACGUGUCUCUACGGCCACGGCCUCAACUUGGGCAACAAAACUGCCAAGUGUUCCCGUGGGAGGUGGAGACCCAUGAAGCCUGAGUGUUUAUCCCUGCCGUGCUCGGUGCCAGAAACUUCCCAUGGCCGCUACACCUUCAACGGAGUGCAGGUACCGGAGCGGGCUACCAUCGGGCACGCGGAGGUAGUGGAGUUCUCCUGCAGCCACGGGUACAACGUCCUGGGCAAUCCGACCCUACGCUGCUGGUACGGCGAGUGGACGGUGACCGGGGCCAGACCAGAGUGCCAGCCCGAGCCGUGCCUGCUGCCCGAGGUGCCUCACGUCAACUACACCGCCCUGCUGUCUCCCGGAAGCCAGGUGGCGCACGGGGAACAGGUGAAUUACACGUGCGAGGAGGGCUGGUUGGUAGGUAUCCCGCGGGUCACGUGUCAUUUAGGUCAGUUGCGGCCAGUCUCGCCCACCUGUGUGACCCCCGCUGAGGCGACCCACCCGCAGGACAUCCUUCUAGAUCCACUGGUCCGCACCGCCACUAUGAUGCUGUCCUACGGUGCCGGUGAUCUGACCCCGGGAGGAGACAUCACCAACAUUGACUUAGAGGCAGGCCCUCAUCCUCCUUGCUCUCCGCCGGCCAGAGUGCAGGGUACCCUUAUCUACAAGAACGGCCAGCCCCUCCACCAGACAGAGCAGAGGUUCCCCCAUGGGACGGAAGUGACCUUCAACUGCAUUGCCAACACUAUAGGAGAGAAAACCACAUGGAGAAUUCAUUGUGAAGACGGGUCAUGGAUUGGACAGCGCUCCCCGUCCCCCUGCGCCGUGAUGGAGGGAGAGGAGGAAGCCACGAUAUUCUUUGAAGAGGAAGAGCUGGAAGAUGACCUAGUUUUAGGAAAUAUAUCCUGUACCUGGAGGAAUAUCCAACCCUACUUGGUGACCUUUCUAGAGGACCGGGAGCUGCGAGAGGAGGAGGUGGAGCUGCCGCCAGGCACGGAGCUGGUGUCUCGGUGUGCGGACAUCGGCAAGUUUGCUUUCUCAGGCUCGUCUCACCGUCGCUGCAUCAACGGCCAGUGGAGCGGCGUGGAGCCGGAGUGUCUCGGCCUCAACAGGGAAUAUGACUACGCCUUGGACAAGCCACCGACCAUCCUGUUCCGCCACAAGAACGGCCCCAUCGCCCAGACCAAUGAUGGACGCCUGCUGGUCUACCCCGGCACUGAACUGUAUUUAGAGUGCCUUUGGAUGCGCCGCUAUGGCACCCCGCGCUGGAACGUCACUCAUACUCACCCUGUCGAGCACGUCGCAGCCGCCCCAGGAGAAAACACUAAAGGGAAGGACGCCCUUCCUCUGUCUGAGGGACAACAGCUGUCUGGGUCUGCAGUGGAAGGGGUCGGGAAGUACUGGACGGGCUGGACAACUGACGCCAUGAGGAAUCCACAGCUGGAGUUCCGCCUGGCCAUCUACACCGCUCACGAGGGAGACUCCGGAACCUUUACCUGCAUCACGCCCACCGGCCACGCCCACAGCGUCACCCUCGACAUCAGACGUGUGGAGUGCCCGACUCUCAACGCCUCCGACACAGACCUGUUGAGGCACCAUCCGCCCGGAGUGACGGCGCUGGGCAGUGUUAUCACUUUUACGUGCGAGCAGGGCGCCACGCUGGUGGGCAACAUGCAAGCCACCUGCCUGCCUUCCGGUGCCUGGUCCGUCCCUCUCCCCCGAUGCGAGAAGACGAGGUGCCCGUCGCCCGGCGUGCCCGAGCAUGGCAUGGUGAAUAGCUCAGGGCUUUACAACGCUGGGGACGUGAUGGAAGUCAAGUGCAAGAGUGGCUACAUGAUUGUUGGAGAGUCUGUGCUGGUGUGCCAGGACGACGGCAGCUGGUCCAAGCCACUCCCCCAGUGCUAUGAGGUGUGCAUAUACCCCGGCAUCAUCAUCUCGGGAACCAUGAGCUCCAUCAAGUUCUACUACGGCAUAAACGAUAACAUCACUUACACGUGCAGCGACGGCUUCCUUCUGCACGGCGAGCACACUAUCACCUGUCAGGAGGGUGGCAAGUGGUCGGCUCCCGUGCCCACCUGUCUACCGACACCUUGAAGUAGUAGUACCAUGUUUACCUGUCUACUCCACACAUCUUGACGCCCUGUGCUCUCCUUUCGGCCAAACCUGGAAACCCCGUGCCCUCCUGCCCGGCCUGAAAACGACUCAACUCUAUAGGAAUAUAUAUUUACGACUAUAAACGAUGUAAUGAUUCAUCUUUAUUGUCUGAAAAUUAAUCGACUUACUACAUACCAUGUACCGUGUUUCUUCAUGUCCCUCUCAGCUAUACAUGCUCACCCGUGCUAAAGCUCUGUUUAUCCAUUACAAGUGCGAUCCCUUUAGGGGUGGAUGAUAAUGUACGCAUAUUUCCGAGUUUUCCUAGAUGUAUGUACUACUAAUAAUAGUUGCGGUUGUACAUAGUUACUCUGCAUUUCUGUAUAAACAAAAAAAAUGUGAAUGAGUUUUAUCUUCUCUGUGUCAAGACCAUGACGCGUGCGCGUGUUAUUAUUGGAGGAGCACGUACCCUCUUCAUCAUUGAGCUCUGAUUCCCUUCUCUCUCUGCUGUCUAAUGAUUCCUUAAGGUCGGCGUAAGUUGGUGUUAUGUUUUACUCGUGGCGAGGGUGAGGGAGUCACGCUGAGGCUGGUGGUGAUGGUGGUGGCAGUGGAGGAGGAGGAGGAGGAAGCGGAGGUCCAGCUCGAAGCAUAACAAUGUUCUGUCUUUACUGUUUGACCCGCUGGUGAAUUUAUCCUUAGUCAAAUAGGAAGGAACAGGCAUUUCUUUGUUAUUAAUUAUAUUAAUGCUUGUAUCUGGGCUAGUUGAGUGAAUUCUUGUUUUGAAGGGACAAGUUUCCCAGCGGGUUGACGUGGACGAUCACUUCCACCCGAACAUGAUCGUUGUGAAGGGUCUGUGUACACUGCGGCUUUCGUGGCUACCUCAGUGUCCAAUAAAGGUCUCUGACUUA